CGUGACGUCAUCAAGCAAUAUGGCGGUCUUCAACCCAACGUUGUGUCUGUAAUCCUGUUAUUUUUACCAGAAAGCAGUCCAGGAGAACUUUUUGUUUUUUUACCCUUUAUUUUCCUUCAGUCCGGACACCCGAGCGGGGAUCUGUCGAGAUGAUGAAGACUUUCUGCGGGAGAACAAACCCGACCAGCGGAGCUCUGGACUGGGUGGAGAGCGAGGAAGACUACCACCAGGAGAUAGCCAGGUCAUGCUAUGCUGACAUGCUGCACGAUCAUGACAGGAAUGAGAAGUACUAUCAGGGCAUCCGGGCUGCCGUAGCCCGACUGAAGGCUCGAGACGAGCGGGUCGUUGUCCUGGACAUCGGGACCGGAACCGGCCUGUUGUCCAUGAUGGCCAUCACUGCUGGCGCAGACUUCAGCUAUGCUGUGGAGGUUUUUAAACCAAUGGCUGAAGCAGCUCAGUGCAUCAUCCAGAAAAAUGGAUUCUCUGACAAGAUCAAGAUAAUUAACAAACACUCAACAGACGUGACCGUAGGACCAGAUGGAGAUAUGCAGGAAAAGGCCAAUUUAUUGAUCACAGAGCUGUUCGACACGGAGCUGAUCGGUGAAGGAGCUCUGCCCAGUUAUGAGCAUGCUCACCAAAACCUGGUCCAGGAGGGUUGUGAGGCGGUCCCUCACCGGGCCACUGUCUACGCUCAGCUGGUGGAGUCGGAGCUGCUGUGGAGCUGGGCGCAGCUGCAGUCGAUGGAGGUGGAGGGGGCUCGUUUAGUUCCACCGCCCGCCAUCGGCCACUGCGCCGGGGCUCAUUCUGUGUGUGACAUCCAGCUGAGCCAGGUUCCUCCCGCGUGCUUCACCCCUCUGAGUCCUCUCUGCACCAUGUUCAGUGUAGACUUCAGCAAACCAGUAAGCAGCGCCUCUCAGUCCCACUCCUCCAAGUUUGUGGCUCAGUCUGGAGGUCGGGCUCAGGUGGUCCUGUCCUGGUGGGACCUCGACAUGGAUCCAAGUGGAACCAUUGUAUGCACCAUGGCUCCCAGCUGGAUGUACCCACAGCCAACGAUGGCCCCAUGGCGGGAUCACUGGAUGCAGAGUGUUUACUUCCUGCCUGUUGAAAGCCAGGUGGCUCCAGGAGACGAGCUCAGCCUGACGGUCUGCCAUGACGACUACAGUCUGUGGUACAGCCUGCAGUCUCUCAGUCAGAAAGAAGUGCAGUCUGAGUCUCCUCCCUCUCGACCUUGUUGCACCUGUCAGGCUCACCUGGUUUGGACUCGGCCCCGAUUCGGUGAACUCAACGACAGACGGCGAACAGAGAGCUACGUCAGCGCUCUUCGCAACGUUCUGAGCGAGGACAGUGUGUGUCUGUCCGUCAGUGAUGGAAGUCUGCUUCCUGUGUUCGCUCGCAUGCUGGGAGCUAAGAAGGUUUUCAGCUUGGAAAACUCCAGAAUGUCUAAAAAAGUUAUUGAGCAGGUGUUGGAAGCGAACUCCAUGACAGGAGGAGUUGAACUGCUGGAAAUCAGACCUGAGCAGCUGAGCAGUCAGGAUGUGGGAGAAGAACAGAUCUCCAUCCUUAUGGGGGAGCCGUUCUUUAGCUCCAGCCUCCUGCCGUGGCACUCCCUGUCUUUCUGGUACCGUCGCACCGCUGUGGCGGGUCUUCUGCGACCCAGCGUCACCAUCCUGCCCUGCUCGGCCUCGCUGCACAUGGUGGCUGUGGAGUUCCAGGAUUUGUGGAGGAUAAGAGCUCCGUGUGGAACAUGUGAGGGCUUCGACGUCACCCCCAUGGAUGAAAUGGUCCAGCGGUCUCUGGACUUCCGCGAGUCUCGUGAGGCGGAGCCCCACCCCUUGUGGGAGUACCCAUGUCGAGCUCUCACUCAGUCCGCUGCUGUCAUGACCUUUGACUUCACACGGUGCGUCCCUCAGCAGCCAAUCAGCAGCCAGGGCUCGCUGCCUUUCAUAAGGAACGGUCGGUGCCACGGCGUCGCCUUAUGGAUGGAAAUGCAUCUAACUGAUGACAUCACUGUCAGCGCAGGUCUGACUCGACCAAUCACUGAGCAGGGUGACUGCGAGUGGACUCGACACAGGAAGCAGGGAGUUUAUUUCUUCAGGUCGCCGUGGGAGAGUUCAGGUGACGGCAGGACUGCCGUAUCUUACAGCUUCACCUUUGAACCCAGUUUAGGAGACAUUAAGAUGGACUUCAGUCAGUGUACAUCUGUCAGCGACUGAAGAAGUGUUACUUCAGCACAGUUUUUGUGGAUAUUUAACGAUUGUUCUCAUUAUUGCUACAAUGACUGAAGUUACAGUUUGCCUUUUUACGAUGCAUCAUCUGAAAACAUCUUACAAGACUAAUUCUCAGGGUUUGUGUGUGUCAGAGAUAAACAGUUAUCCUGAAUUUACAGAAAAUCUGUCAAGUAAAACCAAACGUUGUUGCAGUGUUUUGUUUUACAUUUGUUUAGUCUUGGCUGAUUUUAUGGAUUCUGGUUCAAAUUGUGCAUUUCUAGUUUAUCUCUUCUAUAGUUCAGUUUGUCACAGCUUCGCACGAGAAGCUGCACAAAAUGACAACAGCAACAAGAUGAACUUUUUGCAGCUUUUGAUAAACCACAUUUUAUACAUCAAUAUUUGAAAUGUUUGUGUUGUGCAGCCCAAUUUAAAAAUGUUUACGUCCUUGGAACAACCAGUUUAAACGU